AUGUCAAAGGCCCCGACACCCUCUCCUGAUUCCAAGAGAGCCACAUCUACGACUGCUACGCCACCCACUCCGCGCCCGCCACUGCAGAGAUUGGCCGCCAGCGACGCGAAGUCCUACCCAUCCCAAACUUCGCAAACUUCGCCCCGGACCCAGCAACCCCCAAACCACCGCGACGAUGAAGCCGCCGAUAUGGACAUGAGCGACACUGACAGCCGUCAUUGCGACGACCAACCCGCCGCCGACUCUCAGGCCGACGAAACUCCAACAGAGACCACCGCCCACCCGCCACAGGGCAACGUCUCUCCCGAUGAACUCGAGGUCGAGAGACUGCGUCGUCUGCAGUUGAAGGUUCUGCAGCAGCAGCAACAGCAACAGCGUGCACGCCUGCGAGCCUCGGCCAACAGCCCCAAUGCACACACGCCAGGUCCUCGUCGCAUAUCCCCCAUCAAGGAAGAGCCCAUGCCGGGAAUUUCGCCCACGCUCGAGGGAGCCUUUAGCAGCCCUACUCCUAGUCCAAACCCGCUGCCCACAACCGUGACUGCCUCGACUGCAUCGACCGAAUCUACCGAAUCUGCAAGGACCAUCCGCGGAAGCAUGCCACCUACGCCUGCCGCACAUCCUCUCCGGACCCCAUCCUAUCCCUUUCCUACGGUCCCCAACACGCCGAGAUGGGCUUCAGCUUUUCAUAUGCCCUUUACUAACCUCUCACCUACUGUUUCUGCCGGCCAAUCGCGAGAGUAUAUGGUAGCUAGGGAACGCAUCGCCUCGGAGAGCAGCACCCCCGCUGCAUGCAACACACCUUUUGCACCUGGAGGUCGACAGCAUUCCAGCCCGGCCAUUGAAGAUCCACGAUUCCCUAGUCCCAAUCUCUAUGAUGUUGUCCUGCGUUUGGGUGCCGAGCCUGGGUUGGCUGCAUGGUGGACGACUGUGACGUCGAUAAUGCGCGACCACUAUGGAGCAGAACGGGUUGCACUUGCAGUACCAGCUGACGCCUCGGAUAUUGAAAACGUACCAUGGGGUCAGAAAGCCACUUUUACAGCAUCUGCCAACGACACUAGCGCAUAUGCCACAACCUACCAAGAAUCUGCAGGUCAGAGCAGCAACCUCCAAUCCGAAAAUACAUCAAAUCCCCAGGAAGGGGAAUCUGUGGAUACUCCACCUACCACAGUCAUUCCGGAAAGGCGACCGAAGCUAUUCUCACAUCAUUCUUUUGCGGGCCACGAAAGGCAAAAGCCAACCAUGUCACCGGACACCCCGAUGCCUGCACAACCAAUUCGCCCAAGAGGCCCACUGCGAUCUGCAAGCCAUGCACCCCAUAUGGGCUCAAGGCCAGAUCACCCGCUGCGACAGGUCUCGCAAGCUUCUUUUGAUGACAUGUCUUCCACGUUUGCGGAGUCGACUCCGACGGGAGGCCCGACUUUUAGUGACCCAGAAUUCUCUAGUAUUGGAGAGCCCUCACCGCCCAGUGCCGUGUACCAUAUCCUGCGUGCUCUCGACCACGAGCCGGACGCAUUGAUAGACAACUCGGGAGUCAAUCGCGUUUUGGAGAGAGGUCGCUUAGUAACCUUGACAAGAGACUAUUCAACGUCCUUUUCAACUUCCAAAGAAAACUUAGAAAAAGACAGGACGGAUCCGGUCAAACCGUCUGCAGUUCAGGGCAGUGCUGCCGCGCAGGAAGCCCUCAAGUUAGCUGCUGCCCGUGGGCGAGUCGGUCUUGGAUCCAGUGAUCCUAGAUUGCCUCCGCGCUACGAAGAGUAUGAGCAAUAUCCAGCUUCGCCUUGGGCACAGUCGCCUGCCCCCUCACCGGCUAUCCAGAAUGAUGCCGAUGCUAACCCUUUCUUUACUACUGGUAAUGUCGACGAAGAGACAUUCAAUCCAUCCCGCUCUCCACCAGACUACACGCAGUAUGGCAUGGUUGAGGCCAUUGGCGUCGACAAAGCUAGCACUGUUACGCACAUACCACUAAUACAUCCAACAUUGUCACAAACAAUGGCACCAACAGAUACGAACACACCAUCACAAACACCUGCAAUGUCACGAAGACAGUCUGAGCAGUCUGUGGGCACCUCAUUCCAUCAGGGCGAUUUUGUGCGGAAAGCACCCAUUGCCAUUCUUUCACUGCUUUCGCCUAUCGUGCCAUAUCCACGAAACUUGACAAAUUCUCUCAAACACCUGGGACCUCACCUAGCUACCUCAUUUUCGAAUGCAUGGCAUUUCACCAAUGCUCAGACUCAGGUUGCUUCUAUUCGACAACGAAGAGCUGCUACCGGUGGUGCAGGAGGGAUGACCAUGUCUUCAGACUCUGACAGUCUUGAAGAUUUGCUUCAUCUUGACCUAGGAGACAUCACCAACUCUGCAGCAGGUAGCGUCACUAGCCCGUCUGACUACUCCAGUCGCUCUAGAUACAGUCCGGGAGGGUCAAUUGCCGGAACGCCUGGCUGGGACACCUCGCUAGGAUUCUCCAGUAGGCACUCGCAUAGUGGCACGCCUGGUCAUCUUGCUGGCAGCGAGGCCGUGGAAAGCUACUUUGACGCUAGGAGACAAGCUAAUAAGACCAACAACAAUGCUGCCUUGAAUUCACAAGAUCAGAGUUCAAGAAAAACUGACAAACGCCCUGGGAAACGAGUGACUGUGAAUCCGGUGGCUGAAAACGUCAAGGAAGAUGCUUCAAAGCCACGUGAGGAAAAGAAGGAUGAAGUGUCGAGCCCCCGCCGUACACAAGCACAAGAUACUACUAAACGUGGUCACUCGUUCCUACACUCGUAUGGUGCAGAUUUUAGCUCGUCAUUUCAAUCGCUGCCGGCCGCGACCACGCCAGGAGGGCGACCGCAAGUGCCCCAAGGCAGUAUAAGGACAAUGUCUACCACUGAAUCUUCUGAGAUGCCGCCUCCUUCAGAGAGUUUGCUUCGGACCAUUAUCGAUUCUUUGCCAGUUCAGAUAUUUACUGCCGCACCCAACACUGGAGCAAUCAGCUGGGUCAACUCCAAAUUCCUCAUUUAUCGUGGUCAAACCUCACGCCAAGUGCUGCAAAACCCGUGGGAUUCAAUUCACCCUGAAGACCGCGAUGCAUAUUUGGACGAAUGGAGUAGAUCCCUGCGAACUGGCCAGCAGCUCCAGAUGAAGGUCAGAUUGCAGCGCUUCGACGAGUGCUAUCGAUGGUUUUAUGUUCGAGUGGCACCACUGAGGAACAAGCGUCAGCAAAUUGUGCACUGGAUCGGCACCAACAUGGACUUUCACGAACAGCACAUUGCAGAACAGAACUCUGCUCGCCAGCAGGAGACGGCUGCUUCAGAAGCCAAGUAUCGCGCAUUAGCCAACUCGAGUCCUCAGAUUGUAUUCGUCGUGUCAGACCGUAGGGGUCUGACCUUUUGCAACUCGCAGUGGAUUUCAUUUUCUGGCCAAAGCGAAAGUCAGGCCCUUGGUAAUGGCUUCCUCGAGCACGUACAUCCUGAUGACGUCAUUAAGUGCAAGCUUCCAGAGCUAGAUGAGCAUGGUGUUGCUAAUGUUCCUACGUCUUUGCCACCUGAGCAGGGACAACAAGACUCUAAUGCUUCUGAUGCUUCAUCAGAAACGGAAAGAACCAUCACCAGUCCCAGUGGCUCAUCCCCAGAUAGGAUGGACUUGCCUCAAGCCAAGCUAUCCAAGCUAGCAAGCACUGGCAUAUUGAGGGUCGUUAAAGAUGCUCACGGGCGGGCAUCUUACUCGACUGAGGUCAGACUCCGCAAUAAAGAUGGUGAUUACAGGUGGCACCUUGUGAGAAUCUUACUGGAGAAAUCGCUUGCAGAAACCAGUGACGAGGAGACUUGGUAUGGAACAGCCACAGACAUCAACGACCACAAGCUGCUCGAGCAAACACUCAAGGAGACCAUGGACGCAAAAUCCAAGUUCUUGAGCAACAUGUCGCAUGAGAUCCGAACGCCACUUAAUGGUAUUUCAGGAAUGGUCAACUUCCUUCUGGAUAGUGUCCUCAAUACCGAGCAACUGGAGCACGUCAACAUCAUCAAAGCCAGUACCGACAGUUUGCUCAAUCUCAUCAACGAUAUUCUUGAUCUGUCCAAGGUUGAAGCCGGAAUGAUCAAGCUCUCCAUGGAGUGGCUGCAUUUGCCGUCUCUUCUCGAGGAAGUCAACGACCUCAACAUGGGUCUUGCCAUUCAAAAAGGCCUUGAGCUCAAUUACCUGGUAGACGAAGGGGUACCAGCAGAAGUCAAGGGUGACAAGUUCCGCAUUAGGCAGGUCCUGCUUAACGUGGUUGGCAAUGCGAUCAAAUUUACAGAGCAUGGAGAGAUUUUCAUUCGCUGUAAACUGCAGCAGUCCGAUCGAUCUCGACCACUAAAGGAGAACGAGACGAUGAUCCGAUUUGAAGUGGUGGACACUGGACAGGGUUUCACAGACGCCGAGGCCAAGUAUCUCUUCAAGCGAUUCAGUCAGAUUGACGCGAGCAGUACGAGACAACAUGGCGGCACUGGACUUGGACUGGCCAUUUCUAUGCAAUUUGUCGAACUCCAUGGUGGCAGAAUGGAUGCUCGAAGCGCGCCAGGCAAGGGUUCAACCUUCUUUUUCACGAUCAAGUUUGGCCUUCCUACUGCAGACGACUAUCCCAAGCCGCUUGUAUCAACACCGGGAACGCCUGCCUUCGAGCCACCGAUCGCUCCCCCACCAGCCAACUUGCAGCAGCUCCAGCCAUCGGCUCUACAGAAGUUUGUGCAAUCACAAAAUCCUGGCUAUGUGCCUCUGAAGCGCGUCUCGAGCGUGUCGUCGGAGAAGAGUGAGUCGGCCAAGUCGCCUGUGCCUAGCGUGACCACCUCUGAACGCUCACGGGACUCUCCUGCGCUCUCUUCUGGGAGUUCGGAUCAUUCUUUGACAAGCUCUGCACUGACUGGGCAGUCGAGCCUGCGAUCAGAAAGGUCAUCAGCGUCAUCCUACAUGCACGAAACCAGUACGGCCUCGAACACGAACAUGAAUUUGGCCUUGCCUCCAAAGCGAGCUAACAGCGACCAAGAAACACGACCAGAUGAAUCCAGCACUUCUGUUGACUCGAAUGAGACUGUGCGUCCAGGCUCGCCACACCGCAGUCUUUCUCCAUUGGGCAGCUCCCUACAGCCUCCCAUGUACUCAAUCUUGGUGGUGUGUCCUCUUGAACACAGCAGAGAAGCCACGAUAAGGCAUAUCAAGAACACGCUACCUCAGGGAAUCCCUCACCAAGUCACUGGGCAGCCGAGUAUCAUUGGUGCACAGAAGAUGAUGGGUGGCGAGAACCCUGUCUUGUUCACCCACGUUGUGCUUGUAUUGCACGACACGGCCGAAGUGCAUGCCAUUGUUGAUCAGAUCUUCAGCUCCACGGCUUACAGCAACACGUCGGUCGUCAUAGUGUCUGAUCCUUCGCAGAAGAAGGAGCUCAUGAAGGAGGCACCGGUCUAUGAUUAUGAGCAACUCCACAAUGACCGCCGCCUGGAAUUUGUGUAUCGACCUCUUAAGCCAUCGAAAUUCGCCAUCAUAUUCGAUCCGCAGAAGCAACGCGAGUCAAGUACCGAUCGAAACCAGGACAGCGCGCAGCAGGUUGUUGUUAGUCAGAAGCUUGUGUUUGAAGAGCUUAAACGAAGGGUUGGCGGCAAGAACCACAAAGUGUUGUUGGUUGAGGACAACAAGAUCAACCAGACUGUCAUCCUGAAAUUCCUGGCUAGAAUCGACAUUGCGACCGAAACUGUGCUCGACGGAGUUCAGGCGACAGAAGCCAUCUUCUCCAAGCCGCCGGGUUACUACUCAAUUGUCCUUUGUGAUCUGCAUAUGCCCAACAAAGACGGCUACCAGGCUUGCAAAGAGAUCCGACGUUGGGAAAAGAAACAUGGGUACCGUCGGCACCCGAUUAUAGCGCUAUCGGCAAACGUCCUUGGGGAUGUGUAUGCGAAGUGCGCAGAAGCGGGAUUCAACUCGUACGUGACGAAACCGGUUGAGUUCAAGGAGCUUUCUAUUGCCAUGACCAAGUUCUUGGAUCCAGCGGACCCUUCGAAACCGCCUGCUCUUAUGAAGAAGAAGUGA